AUGUUCGGUGCACGAAUUGAAGGACCAUAUUCAUUUCGCGCAUGUAAAGGAGCGUGCGCAAAUGACGAAGAUCCUGUGAAAAGUGAUAAUGAAAUACAGUGCUCAGGAUUCAAUCAUCGUCAAGGUUUACCACAAUAUUCACAACAUUGCCAAUUAUAUCAAGCUGAUCAAUUACAACAUGGUGAAAGUUUUUUUGAAGCCGAUGAUAGAUAUUCAUUUUAUUGGGAAUAUUGUGUUCAGUCAAAUAAAAGUUGUUCGGGCGAUUAUGCAUUCACAUAUUUAUCAGAUCGUUAUAUGGAUUUACGUGAAGUUCGUGAAGUGAUGCGAACUAAAACUCUUGAAGAUUGCUUAAGUGCAUGUUUGGACGCAGUAAAUUAUGCAUGUCGUAGUGUUUCCUACAAUCGUACUGAUGGUGAUUGCUUCUUAUCACAGCAUAAUCAACUGAGUAAACCAGCAUUGAUCAAAAUUAACAACAAUCCCAACUACCGAAUUGAUUAUUACGAAAAUAGUUGCACAAAUAUUGCAGAUUCAUUCACAUUUGAUUACGAGUGCAAAGAUGAUGGAAUAGAGGUGAAGGUCAUUUCAAAGUAUCCAUACACAGGUGCCAUGUAUGGCCUUUAUGACUUUUUCACAUGUCGUAUUGAACCUAAAAACAACACAAAUUUUGAAUAUUUCUUUCCAUCACCAACAAUUUCCAAGAAUUGCAGUGAUAGUAUACGUUAUAAGGGAAAAGAUAUGGUAUUAGAAAUAGUUAUAUCAACAGAUGGUGUUGAACCAUUAUAUUUUAUAACACCUGAUGAUCUUACCUAUCAAGCUCGUUGUCCAUUAAAUGAAGCUAAACGUUUAGAUCAAAGUACCGAUCAUCAUUCAACCCUUAAAAAUGAUGCAACAGUUGAUAAUUUGAAAAUGAUCGCAUCAGCACAUACAUUAUUUUCGAUGUUAGCAAAUGCAACUAAACAACGUCAUUUAUCAAGUAUCAACAAAAAUUUGACAUUAAAAUAUGCUAUUACUAAUAAUCAUAUGAAUAAUUUUAUUGAUAAUAAUACAUUACAUUCAAUUAAUAGUACUAUUACUGAUAUUAAUAGUACUUCAACAAUAAAAUUGUUAGUAUUAACAGCAACAACAAUAACAACAACACCAUUAUCAUCAUCAUCAUCAACAACAACAACUACUACUACUACAACAAUUACUACUACUAAUAUAACACCUAUUACUACUACUAUUACUAUUACUAGUAAUACUACUACUACUGUUCCUGCUGCUACUACAGCUAAUGAUGAUAUGACUACUACUAUUGAAGCAGUUAAAUCGAAAUUUGAUUCUAAAACUGAUAAAUAUGAUGAAAAUAUAAGCACUGCUGCCAGCGAUUCAAUAAGUUCAACAAAUUCAGAAUUUGAAAUGUAUAAUUUAGCUACAAAUAAAAUUACACCAAGAAUAUUAGAUGUAACAGCAACCAGACGAAAUGCCAUGUAUCCGGAAGCAACAUCAAUACAUAGUAUGAUUCCAUCGAGCUCUGAAAUAUUUUCGAAAACAAAAAUGUUAGAUAAAAUGAUGUUUACAACAACAAUAGCAACAACAGUAACCACUACUACUAUUACGACAACAGCAACAACAAUUCAAAAAGAAAAUAUUUACAACAAUGAUGUUACAUUGAAUGAAAUAGAACAAAAGCAUGAAAGCACGGAAAUUUCACCUAUCAAUGAAAUCAAUAAUACAUUUCUGGGGUCAAAUAGUAGUAGCACUACGUUUACAAAUUUAUGCACUACUAUAUCAAUACCUGGAAGCAGUAUCACAAACACUAUGUUUACUGAUAGUAGUAGUACAAGCAGCACUAUCACUGAUGCACUUCCACUCAUUUCUUCAGAUAAUAAAAUUAUCCAGCAAUCAGUGUACAAUACGAUAAUGACAUUUACAAAUGUAAAUGAUAUAAUGGAGAAUUCAACACUUCCAUUAAUAUUGCCAACAACAGUGGAAUUUAUAACACCAGCAUUACUAGAUGCUGAACAAAAUUCAAGAAAUGCCGAAACAUCAUCAUUGUUAUCAUCAAUAUCAUUAUCAUCAUCACUGUCGUUAUCAUCAUCAACAACAACAGCAACAGCAACAACUAUGAAUGAUAUUAUUAAAGCUAUAACAUUAACGGAAACAACAACAACAGCGACAACAACAACAAAUACACUAAUUGAAAUAACAAAAGCUACACCAAUAACAGAUGAAAGAAUAAAAAUUGGCAAUGAUCAUUCAACAAUGACUGUAACAUUAGAACAAUUUGUUGCCGGAAAAGAAGAUAAUAAUAUUUCAAUUCAACGAAUAGCAGAAAUUCCAUCAAAAAAUACAACAAUAACCUCAUACAGCGUAAAUAAAUCAUUACCUCACGUAAAUGAUACAAGACUAGCAUCAAAUGAUGCUGUUAUUUUCGAUAUCUUUCAUAAUGGACAACCAAUUGAAGCGGUAGUUGUUGGAAGUAAAAUAACACUUAGUUUCAUUCCAUACUACGCUAUUCCACCAAUAUAUAUGAGUAUAAAGGGAUGCCAAGUUGAGCCAAUUGGAUCAAUUUAUGAAUGGGAACGUGAACCAUUAGCAAUAAUUAAGGAUGGUUGUCAAGCGGAUCACGUUGGUUUAGUAUGUCCACCGCAAAAAACUGAAUAUGGUAUACGAGUAAUUGCUGAAUCAUUUCGAUAUCAGACAACAUCAAAAGUACAAUAUUCCUGUCUUGUCAGGAUUUGUCCAUUUUCACCAUGUCCAUUGGAAACAUGUGAAGAAGUGGAAGGUUGUGGUAAUUCAAAUCUUUUAUCAAAUACUUUUGGAUUACGUAUCAAACGUCAUAUUACAAUUGAUGAUAUACGAGCAGCAUUAGUAGCAAAUCCUGAUUUACAACGGCAAAUACGAUUGAUGAAUCGAUUCGGUACACAAAGUCAAACAACAUCUGAAAUGCAACAACAGCUGAUAGAACUUAGUGGUGACCAUAUUGUUAAAAAACAAUUGGUUGUUGUUAAUUCUGAAGACGAAUUAAGAUACUAUGUACGGACAGGUGAUGUACCUUAA